AUGGUCGAUCAAACAUACACCAAUUCUGUUACUGUUGCUCUUGGUCAUUUACCUUGCCAACAUGGUGCACCCGACUACACCCACAUGGUCAAACGACGAUUAGGCGCACGGCGUGUGGCCAUUGGCGAUCAGUACACAUGGGUAAUCGGUGGCAGAUCCAUCACUGCGACUAUCAAAGACUUGUAUACGCCUGAUAGCAACCAAACGACGCAGCUGCAGAUUGAUCGACAACGCACUCGAAUUCAUGUUGAAUAUACACAACCGGCACAACCUACUUUGACAGCAACACAUGGUGAUACGACUAUGCAUUUGAUGGGAUCCAUUCGUUCUAUGUUUAAUGAUGCUGCUGCCUUUCGGCAACUUGGGAUGCCACGAGUGAAAUCUCUACUGCUCCACGGCGUUGCAGGGGUUGGAAAAAGUACAAUUGUAAAGUUUGUGGGCAAGGAACUUGGAUGUCGAAUGAUCGAUCUCUCAGUGCAUGAUGUCUUACGACUCAAGGAUGAAUUUGAUCGCCCGGAGUUUCUCACCUACAAUCCAUUGACACUCGCCGUAUCUCAAGCAAUCGCAUACCCACCCUCCAUUGUUGUUAUAAGGAAUUUGGAUGACUUGCCAUAUGAACAUGAUAAAUCAGCAACCGAAAAGUUUAUGACUAUCCUUUGUAACCAAAUUGCUCGUUUGAAAGAUGGAAUCCAAGUUUGUAUUAUUGGCCUAGCGUGCGAGCUACAGCAGGUCCCUGAUCCCAUGCAAAAGAACGACAUCUUUGGAGAGCACAUCCAUAUACCGAUACCUACCAUGGCAGAAAGGAUCAUCAUCAUCAAAGAUCUCCUUGCUACCAUUUCCCUGGAGCAGAUUUCAGAUGCAACAGAGAACCUACAAGGAUACUAUGCAAAAGAGAUUGCUCUUCGUACCUCUGGAUAUGUAGCACGUGAUCUCAAGCUUCUUUGUCGUCGAGCACUUCUCAAGUCGUUACGAAGAUCAGGCAUUGAGGAAAGUUUAUCACGGCUCACUUUGAACGAAACAGCACGUUUAUCCUCGGAAGUUCAAUGGGGGGAUUUCGAAUAUGCAUUGUCAAGACAACGUCCUUCGCAGCAAAUGCAAGUUGAAUCUGAUCUUCCUAAACGGUCUUGGAGUGCACUUGGAGGGUAUGAAGCUGUGAAGCGAAGGAUUCGGCAAGCAACGCUACUACCUUUGUUGCAACCUGAAGUGUUUUCCAAAUUGGGUAUCAAGGCACCUUCAGGUCUACUACUUUAUGGCCCAUCAGGAUGCGGAAAGACAGCGUUUGUGCAAGCUCUAGCUUCGGAAUCAAUGUUGAAUGUCAUUUCUAUCAAAGGGCCAGAGAUUUUUUCAAAGUACCUUGGUGAAACGGAGCUCAAGAUCCGAAAUCUGUUUGCAACCGCCAAAAGAAUUGCCCCAUGUAUUAUGUUUAUUGAUGAGAUGGAUGCUAUCAGCACACGCCGAGGAUGGAAUUCUGGUGACAGCAGCGGUGGUGUGAAUGAGCGAGUCCUAAGCACAUUAUUGAAUGAAAUGGAUGGCGUGGAAGGAAGGCAAGGUGUCAUUGUCAUAGGAUGCACAAACCGGCCUGAUCAAAUUGAUGAUGCCAUCCUGCGACCAGGUCGUCUUGAUCAACUUGUUUAUCUUGGUCUGCCUACCCAAGAGGAUCGACGGGCAAUCAUCGAUGCUUUGAUUCAGAGGACAGCUGUUGGUGCUGAUGUGAAAGCUGACGACUUGAGCGAGAGGAUGGAGUAUUGUACAGGUGCAGAUAUUGAGAACCUUUUCCGUGAGGCUGGAACAAUCGCUUUGAGGAAGGACGUAAAUGCUCAAUCAAUCGAUAUGGAACAAGUAAAUCAAGUAAUUGGCUCUAUAUGUGAUAAAGCAAGGCAUCGUGUAUUAGAAGAAGGAUCUCUUGAGAUAUACGAGCAAUUCCAUAAAGAUCAUUCGAUAUAA